CCUCUGUCGCGUAGCGUAGCCAGCGUACUCCGACUUGCGCUUGAUUUAUUUCAGGAAAUUUGGCCAAAGGUACGGGAAAACAGGGUCCUGGCCACAGCGAGCUUUAGUGGGUUCCUAUAAAUAAGCCGACACGAACUCACUAUCGAUCAUCCUGGAGAGCAUCCCUUCACACAUAUACAGCACUGCGAAUGGGCUUUCCCCAGUGCAGCGAUGGGUCCGUGGAUGCUGAUGUACCUUCUCGUCAUUGCGAAAAGAAGCCUUGCAGCAGACACAGAAGAGCGGUUGGUCGAGCAUCUCCUUAAUCCUGCCCAUUACAACAAACUGAUUCGCCCGGCAACCAAUAGGUCAGAACUGGUAACGGUGCAGCUGACGGUGUCCCUGGCACAGCUAAUCAGUGUGCAUGAACGGGAGCAGAUCAUGACUACAAAUGUCUGGUUAACACAGGAGUGGCAAGACUACAGGCUGACAUGGAACCCAGAGGAAUAUGAUGGGAUGCUGAAGGUCAGGCUGCCCUCUAAACACAUCUGGCUGCCCGAUGUGGUUCUCUACAACAACUCCCCUGUGUAUCCCAGGCGUCCUUCCUGCCCUACUUCAGCUGUGUAUGCCUGUCUGAGCCACAGCACUGCCCAUGUGCCCCCACCCAAGUCAGCAGUGAUCCAGCAGGCCGGUGCUGAUGGGAUGUAUGAGGUGUCUUUCUACUCCAACGCCUUGGUCUCCUAUGAUGGCAGCGUCUUCUGGCUUCCGCCAGCCAUUUACAAGAGUGCCUGCAAGAUCGAGGUCAAACACUUCCCAUUUGACCAGCAGAACUGCACAAUGCGCUUCCGAUCCUGGACCUAUGACCGCACUGAGAUAGACCUGGUGCUCAGGUCAGAUGUGGCCAGCAUGGAUGACUUCACACCAAGCGGUGAGUGGGACAUCAUCGCCCUGCCAGGCCGGCGCAAUGAGAAUGCCGCCUACGUGGAUAUCACCUAUGACUUCAUCAUUCGGCGUAAGCCCCUCUUCUACACCAUCAACCUGAUUAUUCCCUGCGUGCUCAUCACCUCGCUCGCCAUCCUGGUCUUCUACCUGCCAUCCGACUGUGGAGAGAAGAUGACCCUCUGCAUCUCUGUCCUCUUGGCCCUCACUGUCUUCCUGCUCCUCAUCUCCAAGAUCGUGCCACCCACCUCCCUGGAUGUGCCACUGGUGGGCAAGUACCUGAUGUUCACCAUGGUGCUGGUGACCUUCUCCAUUGUCACCAGCGUGUGUGUGCUCAAUGUGCACCAUCGCUCUCCCACCACUCACACCAUGCCCCCCUGGGUGCGCCUCAUCUUCCUGGACAAGCUACCGUCCUUGCUAUUCAUGCAGCAACCCCGCAGGACCUGCGAGCGGCUAAAACUUCGCCGGGCGCGGCGGGCCCAGGAGCAGGCGCGGCUGGGUACAGGGCCGCCUCCAGAGGACAGGGGCCUCGCUGCAGAGGACAGCGAGUCUUGCACUUGUUAUGUCAACCAGGCCUCAGUAAAGCAGUUUGGUGGGGAGGCAGGGGCAGGCGGGCUGAAUGGGCUCAGGCCAGGGGCAGACAGCAUCUCCGUGGCCCCCAGUCCAGGGAAGCCGCUCCCCAUUCUUGGGCACACACUGCUGACACGCGCCUGUCCUGGGUUGGACGAGGCGGUGGAGGGAGUGAGGUUCAUCGCCAGUCACAUGAAGAGUGAGGACGACGAUCAGAGUGUCAGUGAGGACUGGAAGUAUGUUGCCAUGGUCAUCGACCGCCUUUUCCUCUGGAUCUUUGUGUUCGUCUGCAUCUUUGGCACCAUUGGCAUGUUCGUGCAGCCUCUCCUGCAGAACUACACUACCAAGACUCUCCCCCACUUGCCCGGCUGACCAAUACAAGCCAUGCCACACAGAUGGACACAGCUAACGACCAAUGCCGGUUGGAGUGGGGGGUGGAAGUUAGGACUCCUGUAGAACUGGACUGAUGCAAAGGAUUGUCAUAUUCAGAUAAUUUUGUUUGAUGAAAACGUUAGUAAAUUUGUAUAAACUUUAGGAACUGUUUAGUUUUACUAAUGAAAGUAGCGUGUUUCAAAAUACCCCAUACUUUAAGCUCCUUUUUUUUUUUUAAAAAAAAAAAAAAGAACACAAGCCAAACAGGAAUACUGCUUACAUGACAUCAGAAAAUCACUUCUCUCUAUGCACACCUUUUAACAAAAACACCCUACUCUAAUAGUUACCUACCUUCCUGUCUUGCUUGACUGACAUCUAUGCUAGCAAAAAAAGUGUAAGCAGCAAGAUAAGCAUCAAUGGAUUAGUGUAGUUUGGUGUAUCAGUAGGACAUUUCUGUUGUCAUAUCUAUGUUUUUAGCAGUAUGGGUAUAUUACAAAUCAACAAAGCAGUGUCUGUACCAGACAUACACUCACAGACGUCACAUGGACAUUGUUCACCUCAGUGGCAUUGACACUAAAGUCAAACAGCCGACAUUUGGCAGUUUGGUGUAUUUUUUAACAUCAGCAUUUUGAACACAUCUUCCUGUCACAUAUCAGAGGGCGUCUUAGCCCUUCUCAUACUUUAUUAGUCUCUACUGAUUGCUGACUUGCUUUUCUGCUCUCACCAUCUUUUGGCUCAUUUUAGUCCACUCUGCUCUGCCAACUCACUCCUACUUUCUUCUCCAUCCCCUCUUCCCUUCAUAUAUCUCUCGUCCAUUUCUGUCACUUAACACCUUUCCAGUCACCAAUCCUGUUACUGAUGGGCACUUCCAUUUACUUCAGUUUCACAGUAAUCCGUGUCAUCAUACACUUAAGCUUUUGUGUACAUAUUGACCAUAAUGUUUUUAUGUGUUUCACAUCAGCUAAUACUGCUUUUAUGUUCGUUUACAACAAAUAUCUGUUUCUGGAUACUGAUCUCUUCUCUAUGUAUGUCUUCAAAUGUCAAUAUACACUGCAGUUAUAUCACAUUUGUUUCUCUGUAUCCGGAUUUUCAAUUCUGCACAUUGCAGAUCCAUACUAAUUUAAUACCUGUUCAUGCAAAGUUGAUGCCUGUGGUCCACCUAUGAAAUUGGUCCAUUGCCAUUAUGGAAUAUUUGCAUAUUAAUGUUAUGCUGCCCCAAAAAAGGAAGUU